GAGAGGUUAAUGAAAGAUUGGAUCUCACUGGUGUACACUUUUUUCAAUCCCAAGCCAUGCAUUGUCAUCAUCGAAGGACGGCGCGCACACGAGUUUAAGUGCUUCGGCAAAAGCUGCAAGGCAACUGUUCGUCGAUACCUCGACAAAAAGGAUGCACGAAGUACCGGGAAUAUGCGGAAGCAUGUGAGGGCAUGUUGGGGUGAAGACGUUCUCAUGGCUGCUGAUAAUGCCAAGGAUGCGAACGAGGCACGCACUAAGAUAGUCAGAGGGUUCCUACGAAACGGAUCAAUUACCGCAUCGUUUGAGCGGAAGGGGAAAGGCCAAGUGGCGUACUCUCAUCGUCAACAUACUCGCGCCGAAACAAGGGCAGAAAUAGUCAAAUGGGUGGCAGAAAGCCUGCGCCCAUUUGAAAUUGUGAAAGACCAGGGUUUUCAGUCCCUGAUGAAAACAGGAAGACCAGAGUAUUACUUACCUUCGCCUAGUACAAUCACCCAAGACGUUCGAGUGGUGUUCGUGCGCACCCAUGAAUGUAUUGCUAAGAUGACAAAGGAAUAUGCAGGCAAGCUAAACUUCACCAUGGACGGCUGGACGGCAACAAACCACAGGGCGUUCAUCACUUUUUUGGUGCACUUGGAGCACAAUGGUGUACUGCUAAGUUUUCCGUUAGAUAUAGUUGAGGUGCCAAAGGUUUGA